AUGGAAGAUGAUAAAAUGAAUGAAAAAAUGAUUAAUCCCGAAAUGACAGUAGACACUGUUCAACCGAAUGAAAUAAAAGACGAAAAACAAAAUGAAGAGAAAAUAGUUAGCGAGAAAAAAAAACUUAAAGAAAAAGUCAAAAAAGAAAAGAAACCAAAGAAAAAUGACGACAAAAAGAAAGUAAAAAAACCCAAGAAAGUUCAUAAAGAGCAAAUUGAAGAGGCUGAAAUGCUUGACGUAUUUCAAGAUGAGCCAUCACAUUCAAAAAGAUCAACUCUACAAGAAGAAGUUAUACGUGCUGAACGAGCAAUAGUACCUCAAUUAAAUGAAGAAAAAGUUGUAAAAUUACCAAAGGGAACAUCAAACAUUGAUAUACCAGAAUUUCAUAAAAUAAAUGAAAUUCAAGAAGAGUCCAAAAAUGAUAAUAUUGAACAAAAUAAAGAGAACAGCUGUGCAAUUGAAGAGGAUGAAAAUACUGAUGACGACAUUUAUUUUCAAUUACACGCAGAUAUGGAGUCAAAAGAACGACUUCGUUUUAUUAAAAUAGUUCAAUCAUUAGCUCCAAGACAUAAAGGAAGGACAAAUACAAUCUGUGAUAAAUACUAUUCUAUGACUCGUCCUGAAGAAUUGUUGCCAUCAUAUCAUAGUGUCCCAAUUUUAGUUGAACCAAUAAAGUAUAUGGAAAGCUAUGGGUAUAAUCAUUGUACAAACCAUGUUCAACCUGGUAUUGAAAAAUAUAUUUACCCACCAGCAAUUCCUAAGUUAAAAGGAAAUUGGUUGAUUGACAAAGAAAAGUCUGGCUCUUCAUCUUUGUUUAUUUCAAAAUACAAUUGA